CACCGCUUCGUGGCGUGGAAAGGAGAGCGCAUCGCUUGGCCGUCACGCCCGCGGCGAUUAACUGAAUAACCAGGUCGCUAAUGGAGUCCCCCGGGUAACCCACCACACGGCCACACACACAGCCCCGUCAGUUUCGAGGCCCACUCUCCCAUCCCACGCGCCAGAUCGAGCCCGGGCCGCGCCAGAGCAGAGGUCCCCGAAGCACGCGCGCAGCGGGAGCGGGGGGGAUCGGCUUCGCCGGAUGCGCGCGAUGGGGCUGGAGGCCGGCGAGUCCAGCUCAUUCCUCAGCUUAUCUUCGGCCUUUUCAUAUGGAGUUGCAUCCAUGGCGAUGGUUUUCGUCAACAAAGCGGUUAUUAUGCAGUAUGUUCACUCCAUGACCCUCCUCACUUUACAGCAAUUAGCUACCGCACUUUUCAUACAUUUCGGGCAAGUUCUAGGAAUGUCUAAAAGGAAAGAUCUCAGCAUUGCAACAGCAAAGAAGCUUCUUCCCGUGUCAAUUUUCUAUAAUGCAAAUGUCGCAUUUGCUCUGGCAAGCUUGAAAGGGGUUAACAUCCCUAUGUAUAUUGCAAUCAAGAGGCUCACACCCCUUGCCGUUUUGGUGUCUGGGUUCUUAAGGGGGAAGGGGAAACCAUCAACACAGGUGUCGCUUUCAGUUGUCUGCACUGCCUUAGGUGUCCUUGUUGCAGCACUUGGAGAUUUUUCUUUUGACUUGUAUGGAUACAGUAUGGCUCUAAUAUCGGUCUUCUUCCAGACGAUGUAUUUGAUUCUGGUGGAGAAAUCAGGCGCAGAUGAUGGUCUUUCCUCAAUGGAGUUGAUGUUCUAUAACAGCAUAUUGUCGAUUCCAUUUCUGUUUUUCAUCAUUGUUGCAACAGGAGAAUUUCCCCAUUCUCUUUCAGUUCUGUCAGAAAAGACAGCUUCUGCAUCAUUCAGUGUUAUUCUUCUAAUUUCACUGGUGAUGGGUAUUGUUCUCAAUUACACCAUGUUCUGGUGCACAAUCGUAAACUCUGCCCUGACAACCACGAUAGUAGGAGUUCUCAAGGGUGUCGGGUCCACGACCCUGGGUUUCGUGGUGCUUGGAGGCGUCAAGGUGCACGCUCUCAACGUCACCGGGCUGGUGAUCAACACGUUCGGUGGCGUGUGGUAUUCGUACGCAAAGUACACGCAGAAGAAGAAGCUGCCACGAAGGGUCGCACCCGACGAAGAGUCGCAUCCACACAAGUAGCAGCAGCGCCCGGGGUCAGCGCUCGAUAUAACUUAUGUAGGCAAACCGCAUUCUUAAAAGGAGACAAUAAAUCUUUUUUUUUCUGGACGCCAUCCAUCAGCGGCGCUAUUUGGCGUGGAGGAAGGUACAAAGUUGUUCCUCUUUUUCUUUUCUUUUUUUAACUUUUACAAAUAGCACCGUGUGUUUAUCAGCAGCAUCAUAGUCCAUAGGGGAGUGAACUCGGGGAAAUCACGUAACUGUAAUUUUGGGAUGAAUCAUUACCACACUGUACUGUACUUUUUCCCUAUCAGUUGUACUAGCAAGAUUUUAUCAGUGGGUUUUACCCCGAAAGGUUCACUCAUUUGAAGAGAAA